AUGGUUCGUUUAAACAUGAAAGACGAAAUAGAAAGCAAAACUGCACCGAUAAACAAUGGCUGUUUAAACGGAGACAAGAAGAAAACGCAUUACAGGAUUAGAGAUCAAGCCGCUCGGUCAGAAAUGAGGUCAUUGCAGUUUUCGCUUCACGGGCGCAAUCCGAACGCAGACAUCGCGAGCAGCAUCCAGUUGGCGCGACGAAUCCGAGGGGUACAAACAUGAAAAAAUAGACUCAAGAAUGAUCCAGGACUAAUGGAUUACACUCAAGCAGUAGAUAAAUGCGAGCCGGAUGAUUUAAAGAACGAUUGUUUUCCCCGAGGAAGAGACUUGCUGCCGAAAGGUUCACCGAUUGUGAGAUUGCUAACUGUUACAUCUACGAGAAAUUAUUGACUUGCUGAUUCAAGUUUGAAGUUUGUGUUAAAAGGCAAAAAUGCAGAAUACUGAACAAAUAGCUUGACACUUCGCUCAAGAGUUUCACAAGCCAUCUGGAAAUAGUUGAACUCAAAAACGCAAGCACGCACGUGUCAUGUAUCGCGCAUUUUCACGACUUUUCAUUGUUUGGGCAAUUUUCAAAGCCUUUGUUCCAAACCUAAUGCGACGCUAAUCAAUAAGAAAGCUUUCUUUGCAUUUCAUUUUCCUGUUUUAAGAUGUCUUCUUCGAGANUCGAGUUGAUCCUUUUGUUGUCGAGCAAGAUAAAAUUAUAUUCUGGGGAUAAAUAUUUUAAACUACGCACCAUGGCCAGAUACUUGAGGAUAGUUUUCAUAAAUUCUUAGCAACAAUUGUUUAAGUAUCGCAUUGCCCUUCUUUGUGAAAGCUAAAACCGUAGGCAACAAAAUUUCAUAAAAUAAAACCACUCCAAGACAGCGGCGGUAUUUAGGGGAAAAACAAUGAAAAGAUUCAAUACAGAACGCGAACAAAUCUACCUAGAAGUCAAGCGCAAAACUUUAUAAAGAAACCAUUUUGUUUGAAAUUAAUUCUAAAGGGAAUUUUAACGAGGCCUUUUUCCUGACUACCUCAAACUGAACAGUCUAAGUCUAUAUCAAGCAGUUUUAAAAAAUUGCAUUUUUACUAUCUUAGCAUUAUGUAACAGCAGAAGUAUUACCAGUUCAAUUAACGGCGGAGUUCGAUGCAAAAGCAAGCAACCUUGACUGCCUUCACUGGCCCUAAAUGUCUUAGCAACGGAACGAAGAAAAAUUCGCUUAAGGUCGGCGCGAACAACGGUUUUGAAAAUGAGCGAACGAUUCUCCGUAAAGAGACAUGCGCGGAAUGAACCGGUCUCUGGCGCGGGUAAACAAACAUUUAACACAAUCGAUCCAGUCGACUUGUAACAAGUCUAAAUCGAUCCAUUUACCGGCGGGAAAAUCAGCAGUGUCCGCCAAGCGCAGGUGAUACGCAUGACACAAGCCGCGGUUGCUUGUAGCUGGUGCAUCCAAAUGAUGAAGAAAAUACUGUAAACAAAUUGACUACGUCUGAAGUAACAUGGUGUCAAGAACUUAAUUAAAAUUUAUUUUGCCACCCUUAAUAAAUGACAUAUCUUGACUAAUUUUGUAUUUUACAUUUAGCGAUUGUAAUCUCCUUGUUCCACAAUCGACGGAAUCAGUGCAUGGUUGUCAGAAAAACCAGUCACACAAUCGCACGAUCCUUGGCGAGGAUAUCAUAAACUGUACGCUUUCUCUCUAAGUCGUAAGCUUAGCUCAGGUUACCUAGCAACCAAUUAAACGAAAAGCGCGGAAUUCAGACCUCAAACCUUUCGGGUUCGAAUUUCGAGACCAAAAGCUUUACUCUCCGAUUGAGUUAAUAACUUCUUUUUUUCUAUUUGGGCGUGUUUGAUGAAAAUACUGCGACGGAGUGUAACCGAUAUGAGCCAUAAUCUUCUAGCAAAUCUUUCUUGUACUUCUUGAAUUCAUUGUAUUUCAUCAAGACGCUACAAAGAGAAAAUGCGGACGAUCAGUAGAGUAGAAGGCAUUAAAAUCAUCAUCAACAACAACUCUUCAUUACAAAAUUCUCCCUACCAUUUCACACACGGAACCACUGGGUACUGCACAAACAGUGUCUUAUUGGCUGUUUACUUGGAGGAAUGAAGAUCCUAGAAGGAGGAUCACCGGGCUACUCUCCUAGCGCAAUAUGUUUCCUGUCUUCGGUUUACAUGCAAAGGGUUUUACUUGUCGCUAGUAAUAGGAAGAUCCUAGCAUCAUAUAAACUGCCUUCGCUAGAAAGAUCUUAGUACUUGGGACAAACAAGACAAACAUGGUGGCGGGUCGUUUAUUGGCUAAAAACGGCCGGCCAUUUCGUUUGGCGAUGGCACGAGCUGAUAAUUGUGAUAAUUCUUCUGAUAGGUAGUUAUUAACGCCAGUAAAGAGAGCAGAAGGGCCCAAAUUGCACUUUUGUUUUUGUCGCCCGCCAAUUUUAAUUCUUUCUCCAACCUUCUCUUCUGGGGCAUUACACGGACCGAAAUUUCCGCAUGUAAACCCAACGUUUUAGUUCCGCCUUCUAGGAUCCUCCUGGUGCUAGAACCUUCCUCCCUCCAUGUAAACCGCAGCCGUUAACCUCCUGUAAGCGGGUACCGUUGAGAUCAGAAAUAGUUGCUUCCAGCUCGCGCUCUGCGCUCAUUCCCAUCACCCCUCUCUAGCGCUUCUCGCUUGUUCCGUGUUCGCCACUAAGCCUUAGGAACUGUGGAGGAGACAGGUCACUGGCUCACUGGGAAGUGUCCGCUUACUGGAGAUGUUCGUUAGUUAAGGUUCCGCUGUAGCUUUGAAUGGCAACAAUGUAAAAAAAAAUUGUCGUGAACUCACCAAACGGAUCAGAACCAAAAGGAUUGCUGAAAGGGUCCUUCGCAGAAGAGCUCAAGUCUUUGCUGUCUGUGGUUUUCUUAGAAUCUGAACUACUUCCAGAUGGUUUGAAGGGAUCUGAGCUAAAGAAGUUAUCUGUCGAACUCUGUAAGAGACGUAAACAGGUAAAAAAUCCUUAAAAAGGUUGUAACAAAUUCACCGCAUUGAAAUUUCAUCAGAAAGCCUUUUUUUGAUAUCAGGAACGCCUUCCAGAUUUAAUAAACCCUGUUUUUUUUUACGGUAAAGUGUAAAGAAAAUCACAUUAUGUCGACUGCGAAUGUGAAAUCAAAUAGAGAAACGGAGAGCGUUGCUCUGCCAAAUGAACUUGGUUACUUACCUUGCUACUCGGGAAUGUACUUUGAAAUGGAUCCAUAGCAAAAGGAUCUGAUUUCGAAGGUGAAGCAGAUAAUCCUACAGGUAAGAAAAAAAAAGUACACAUCACAUACUGAUUUUCUCAAAGCCCCUUACGAAAGAGCGUAGUGAAAACAAAACGAAAGCAAUUUCUUCUGGCCAAUCACAAAACGAGCAAACAAUCAAAUAAACCAAUCAAAACUCGCGACAGAUACAAUAAGCAGGCUCUAAGCCCGGGAGGCACGUGCGCAUGAGUGAGGAUGUCACAUGUAGUUUUGGUUUAACUUCUGAUUGGUCAGAAAGUAGCGCGUGAUUUUUCAGCCAAUCAUAAGUCAACUGUGUGUGGAAAAAGGAAAAGUGCGCAAGCACGAUGAUUAAAAAGCAUAUCAAGGCAAAAGUAAUGCAGCCAAGAUUUACCUCGUCUGAAACUCGAGACUUACCGUUCGAUAUUCCUGUUGCAGUGCCGUUAGCCUCGCCACGUGCUGGUAAGUCGCUUUUAAAGGGGUCACUUUUGAACAAAUCUUCACCCUGACAGACGAAUAGGAAAACUUAAUAUGUACACUUCCUACGUCCUAUAAUGAAACCAAUUAAGACUACUAGAAUUUGGGAUAACAUUCCAGACACGACUUCCACAACAGAAGUGUAGAAGCAAACCAUGCCGUUGCAUUGAGGUUGGAAGAGCCAGCGUACGUACUCUAGAGAAGAAUUAAGGUUUUUGUACGUCUAGCGGUCAAACGAAUGCAAACUGUUUCAGUCUAAUGUAUGCACCUUGUUACAAAAUGGCGUCAAAUUUUGUUAUUCUUUUGUCAUCACGAUAAUUGGCCCUAAAUGCAUCGUUUCAAGGUAAAAACUCUUAUGAAUUUUGCAGAUGCGAGUAAGGCAAAGAGGGCUAAUAAACAAUUAUUCCUCGAGCCGAAUGGGCUCUGAGUCAAUAACCCACUCAGAGGCUAUGAGGACGAGAGGAAUAAUUGUUUUCGUAAAAUCCAACUAGUUGGUCAAAAAUAUCGAGACAAAAACUUUAGCUAGCAAAACGCGUUUCCAAAGCCGGCGCUUUUCGCUACUAGUGGGCUAUAACAUAUAGCCUAGCAAUAGCUCAAACAAUCAGAACGCAGCAUUGAUAAUACACCACUAGUUGGAUUUUACUAAUUAACAUAAGAAAAAAAAUUUAGACUACGCACCAUGGCCAGAUACUUGAGGAUAGUUUUCAUACAUUCCUAGCAACAAUUGUUUAAGUAUCGCAUUGCCCUUCUUUGUGACAGCUAAAACCGUAGGCAACAAAAUUUCAAUGUCUGUACAAAAAAUAAAACCACUCCAAGACAGCGGCGGUAUUUAGUGGAAAAACAAUGAAAAGAUUCAACACAGAACGCGAACAAAUCUACCUAGAAGUCAAGCGCAAAACUUUUUAAAGAAACCAUUUUGUUUGAAAUUAAUUUUAAAGGGAAUUUUAACGAGGUCUUUUUCCUAACUACCUUAAACUGAACAGUCUAAGUCUAUAUCAAGCAGUUUUAAAAAAUUGCACUUUUACUAUCUUAGUAUUAUACAACAGCAGAAGUAUUACAAGUUCAAUUAACGGCGGAGUUCGAUGCAAAAGCAAGCAACCUUGACAGCCUUCACUGGCCCUAAAUGUCUUAGCAACGGAACGAAGAAAAAUUCGUUUAAGGUCGGCGCGAACAACGGUUUUGAAAAUGAGCGAACGAUUCUCCGUAAAGGAGACAUGCGCGGAAUGAACCAGGCUCUGGCGCGGGUAAACAAACAUUUAACACAGUCGAUCCGGUGGACUUGUAGCAAGUGUAAAUCGAUCCAUUUACCGGCGGGAAAAUCAGCAGUGUCCGCCAAGCGCGGGUGAUACGCAUUACACAAGCCGUGGUUGCUUGUAGCUGGUGCAUCCAAAUGAUGAAGAAAAUAAACAAACUCACUACGUCUGUAGUAACAUGGUGUCAAGAACUCAAUUAAAAUUUAUUUUGCCACCCUUAAUAAAUGACAUAUCUUGACUAAUUUUGUAUUUUACAUUUAGCGAUUGCAAUCUCCUUGUUCCACAAUCGACGGAAUCAGUGCAUGGUUGUCAGAAAAACCAGUCACACAAUCGCACGAUCCUUGGCAAGGAUAUCAUAAACUGUACGCUUUCUCUCAAGUCGUAAGCUUAGCUCAGGUUACCUAG